AUCAAACCAAACACAUCCACAACCACAAAAACCAAAAAAAAAAAAAAAAGAGUUCUCCAUAACAAUAACAAUGCAAAACACUUAAUCUUCCCUUCAAAAUCUCCAAAAUGGGUUGCCAAAUUCACUCUUUACACCCUCAAAUCCUGCUCAAAAUCCCCAUAAACAAAAAAAAACCACAACUCCAAACAAGAACAAUAACCUCAUCUUCAACACCAUCAAUCUCAAUUUCAACAGUAAGCCCAAAACCAGAUGUAUACAAUGUUAAGUUCAAGACUUUAGGAGCAUGCAAACUGGGUAUAUCAAGAUAUCCUGAUUUUGAAUAUAAUGCUCAAGGGGGAGAGGGUAGUGGGAUAGGGAAAAAGAUGGUGGGGGUUGACUUUAAUGGUGAGACUUCGGUUGACUUUGAUGUGACAACGCUUUACAUUCCGCCGUUAACCACUGCAACAACUAAGUUUUUGGGGUUGCCAUUGCCGCCGUUUUUGAAGAUUGCGAUUGUUCCGGAGAUCUUUAGAGGGAUCAUUAAUCUAGAAUCUGGCAAGGUGGAUCUUAAAUUCAAGGCGAAAUUCUGGUUUUCAAUGGGGAGUAUCUACAAAGCUCCACCAUUGUUGGUGGAAACAUUAUUAACAUCAGAAGAAUCGAAAGGAAGUCUAAGGAGUGGAAGUGGAAGGAGGCUUGAUGAAGAAGGAAGGUGCAAGUUAGUUGGAGUCGCUACCGUCGAGCCUAUUGAUGAUUUUUUUAUGAAUUCUUUUCUUGAUCUUCCAACUGAAUGUCUUGCAAUUUUAAAUGCUACGAUUACAUUCUCUAAGGAUGAAGAUUUUAAAUUAAAUUUGUGACCUCUUUGUAAUUAUUAUCAUAGAAAAGUAACUUAAUAUUACUCAACAAGAUUCCUUUGUUUUCUUU